GGGAAGAUAGAGAGAAUCUGUGUGGUGGUACUCAUUUUAUUUUCUUCCCUUUUUUUUAACGUUUAUGAAUAUAUUCUCUUGCCGUUUCCGUUUUUUAUUCUACAUUCUUCUUAAGGUUUCUUUUCUCAUUUAAUAUUUAUAAGGCUGUGAGUUGAAUCGGAGAGUGGUGAAAAAAAAUGGCUGAGGAGUACAAGGAGGCGUUGUUGGAGAAGCAGACGUAUCACGAGGGAUGUCCUGGAUGUAAGGUUGAGCAGAUGAAGCAGCUUCGUCGUGGAUAUCCUUAUCUUGAGCUUACCUUUGUUUGGAUCAUUGUUCUCUCCACUUCUCUGCCGAUUUCAUCUCUGUAUCCCUUCCUCUAUUACAUGAUUGAGGAUUUUGGUGUUGCAAAGACAGAGAAAGAUAUUGGGUUCUAUGCUGGAUUUAUAGCGUGCUCAUUUAUGCUUGGGAGAGCAAUGACAUCAGUUUUCUGGGGGAUUGUAGCUGAUCGUUAUGGGAGAAAACCUAUCAUACUCUUGGGAACUAUCUCCAUUGCUGUUUUCAAUGCUCUUUUUGGAUUGAGUUUAAACUUUUGGAUGGCUAUAGGCACAAGGUUUCUUCUAGGGAGCUUCAACUGUUUGCUUGGAACAAUGAAGGCAUAUGCGUCAGAGAUAUUUCGUGAUGAGUAUCAAGCAACAGCAAUGUCAGCUGUUAGUACAGCUUGGGGCAUUGGUCUAAUCAUUGGUCCAGCUCUAGGAGGCUUUUUAGCACAACCGGCAGACAAAUAUCCAAAUGUGUUCUCUAAAGAAUCCUUAUUUGGGAGGUUUCGGUAUGCGUUGCCUUGCUUUACAAUCUCAGCUUUUGCAUUGGUUGUGACAGUACUAUGUUGCUUCAUUCCGGAAACACUGCACAAUCAUAAGCAGGACAACACUUCACAUGAUGACUCAUACGAAGUACUUGAAGCUGCAGCUCGUGACUCUACUGCUUCCACAGGGAAUAAAGGCAAGGCUUCUCAAGGGUCUCUGUUGAAAAAUUGGCCACUAAUGUCAUCCAUCAUUGUUUAUUGCGUGCUGUGUCUACAUGAUACUGCAUACUCUGAGAUAUUUGCUUUAUGGGCUAACAGUCCAAAGAAAUAUGGAGGUCUGAACUACUCAACCAAUGAUGUCGGCACAGUUCUUACAAUCUCAGGUCUCGGCCUAUUCUGCUUUCAGGUCUUUGUUUAUCCUUUGGCCGAGAGACUUCUAGGACCUGUAAUGGUCACCCGUUAUGCUGGGGCACUGAUGAUACCAUUACAGAUGAGUUAUCCAUUUAUAGCUAACUUAUCAGGUCUCAGUCAAAGCUUAAUGCUGAACUGUGCAUCAAUCCUCAUCAAUGUGCUAAGUGUCUCUGCCAUAACAGGCUUGUUGAUCCUACAAAACAAAGCUGUGGAUCAGAGGCAGAGAGGAGCGGCUAAUGGAAUUGCUAUGACUGCAAUGUCUCUGUUUAAGACCGUUGGACCAGCUGGAGCUGGCAUAUUAUUUUCAUUGAGCGAGAGGAGACUGAACGCCUCAUUUCUACCAGGAUCGCAUAUGGUAUUCUUCGUCCUGAAUGUGAUAGUCCUGGUCGGUGUAGCUCUCACGUUCAAGCCAUUUCUUAAAACAUCUAGAAGGUGAAAUUUUAUUGGGAGUUGGUGAUAGGGAAAAUGUAUGGGACUCGUUGAUUCUUUAAAGUUUAGAUUGAAUAAAAAAUUAUCGAAUUUCAAUACUCUUAGGAUUUCAGUUUUUUUUUUUCUUUUGUUUUGCAUUGUCUGAUUUUGGGCCAGAAGAUUAUAGAAACAUGAGUGACAUCAUAAAGCACAUCAGUGUAAGUACAAUACUGUUCCUAUUGGAUUAUUAAAUCCAUUGCAUGGCUGAGUCGUGGUGAAGGAUCAGAUCUACCGUAUAGAUUGGCAUGAGAGACCAAUUAUUGAGAGAUCCGAUACAGAUUUGAUUUCACAUGUUUAAUUAAUUAAACCUUUUUUCGACGUCCAACAAAUGCUAAAUUACAUUAGUCAAAAUUAAUAAAUGUAAUUUAAGUAAAGAAAGUUAGCUAAUAAUAAUAUUGUUGAAAACGCGUUGGCGUCAAAUUAGAAGAAAAGAGAGUAUUUUUGUAACUUGUAAUUUUGAAAACAAAAGUAAAUGUUAAUUAAGAAAGUGGAAA